CGUGGGGAGGAACGGCCCAUGGACUGAGUGAGUGAGGGGGCUGGCGUUUUGCUGCAUUUAUGACCGUCUGCUGAUAGCUUGUAAGUAGUCGUUGCUCUUCUCGUUUAGCCCCGUCCACCACAUCGCUCUCCCCCCUUCCAUCAUCGGUUUGCGAGUUCGUUAAGAAACGUUUACUUUGGACAGUGUGAGGAGAGAAAACCGUGACUGCUCAACCGAGCACGAGUGGAGGGAAGGCUUGAUUGGCAACCAGCAGAACUUACCAAUCAAGCACUACUAAUCCAUUUUGACAAUCUGGUUGAAAAUGGCAGCUAACAAGAACAAGAAUCAGAGUUCAUUGGCACUACACAAGGUGAUAAUGGUUGGCAGUGGAGGCGUAGGCAAGUCAGCACUAACGUUGCAGUUCAUGUAUGAUGAGUUCGUGGAAGACUAUGAGCCUACUAAAGCUGACAGUUACAGGAAAAAAGUUGUUCUGGAUGGCGAGGAGGUCCAGAUAGAUAUCUUGGACACUGCUGGACAGGAGGACUAUGCAGCCAUUCGGGAUAAUUACUUCCGCAGUGGAGAAGGUUUUCUCUGCGUCUUUUCAAUAACUGAACAGGAAUCAUUUACAGCUACUGUAGAAUUUAGGGAACAGAUCCUCCGUGUGAAAGCAGAGGAAGAUAAAAUCCCAUUGCUUUUAGUCGGGAACAAGUCAGAUUUAGAAGAUCGGAGGCAAGUGUCUGUCGAAGAAGCGAGGAGCAAAGCAGAAGAGUGGGGUGUUCAGUAUGUUGAGACUUCAGCUAAAACACGAGCCAAUGUAGAUAAGGUAUUUUUUGACUUGAUGAGAGAAGUGCGAGCAAAGAAAAUGUCAGAAAACAAGGACAAAAAUGGGAAGAAAAGCAGCCGGAACAAAAAAAGCCUCAGAGAGCGAUGCUGUAUGCUGUGAUUUUUUUUGUGAUCAAUUGCCAGCAAUUUGAACUUGGGCACUUAACAUUCAUUUAGCCACUCAAUUUGUUUAUAAUCAAUCACUUUAUUUUAUGGCAAAAUGGUGUUUAUUCAAAAUAUUGAGUGGAUUCAUUGUCAAUACAGUGCUGUUUGGACCGACUUGUAGGAAUUGUAUUUUUUUGCCUUUUGCUACAGGCAUAUUUUAAUCUUUGGGUGAACUGUUCUUAUCAAGCAGUAACAUGCUCCACCUUCCAUGUAGAUCUCUGGAUUCCCUUGUCCAGUUAACUGCUAAUUAUUCAUAACCUCUUCUAAAUCAAUUUGGGAAGUAAUUAAAGGGCAGGUUUCUAAUACAUCAAAAGAAAACGGCACGUUUAUAAAAGGCAGCAUGCAUAAGCUGUUGUAUUACAGCUUGUGUUCAAAGUUUAAUUUGUCUUUUAAUGUGAAGACCUUGUGUUUAAACAUAGCAUUUGAUAAAGUAGUUUGAACACUCAGAUCCUCUUUUAUAUAGCACCACAUGUGGUCUUGCAGUAUGGCUAAACUCUCAACUUGUGCCAUUCUUGAAUUGAGAGGCAAAUGAUUAAAACUUAGCUUUCUGGCAUAGUACAACCGUAAACUAGCUUUGUUAAAGCCUGGAGUAGCUUUAAUAAAGUCCAGAGGUAAAGUUUCCCAAGUGUGGUAAUUAUUUUCUGCUAUUCUUUUCAGUAGAAAUAUUUUUAGAGGUGUUCUCUCCGUAAACUUAAACCAUAGUCUAAUUACCUCGCUUGGGAAAAAAAACUUGUGGGGUUUCUUUGGAUCUAAGUUUUUCACUAGUACAGCAACAACCCCGUUCCACAAACAGUUUUGGUAUUUUGCAUCCAAUAUAAUUGGUAGCCUUGUAGGUGGAGGGACUUCUCAUUGCCUCCCAAGACCGUCAUGUUGCAUUUUCUACCUCUGUGAAUAGUAUUAACAGUGCUUGAGAUUAAGAUCUGCUUUGCAGACAGAUCACUAGCACUAAAAAGUAUUCCCAGUCUAUUCACCAGAGCAGCACCAUGCAUUAGGUAGGGUAUUAGAUUGUGUGCCUGUCUGUCUGUUUUGGUAAAAACAUUGGCAUGAAGGAAAGUUAUUUCUCAGCUAAAUCUGCAAAUGACUGAGCAUGUGAAACACGGUAGCAAUCAUAGGUUUAGUCUUCAACCUUUCUUAAAAAGUACGUAGUCCUGUAUGGUCUUGUGGUAAAAGAAGAUAAUGGAUAAAGAACAAUUCUUUCAGAUGUUUUUAAGAACACAAAGUUAAUCUGUGAGGAAUAGACCAAUAUCUCGCACUGAUUUUUAACAUUUGUAAAGAAACAAGAUUGGACAGUGUUUUGUUUUUAUGUAAAUCUUGUGAAUGACUUGUAUAAACCUUGGGUUAUUCUGACUUGUAUUUUUAACAACGAUUUCGUGGUGGAAGUGGGUUAUCACUGCAUUAAAACACUAGAUUAUUGGGACAGUACAGCAAUUGAUUUUCGUACAUUUUGCCUUAACACAAAUUGCAAGUCAUUUGAAGUUGACCCUUUGUUUUUUGAUUUGUAGAUAACAUGACUAAUUAAACUUGUGAUUUAAUGCAGUGUUUAUGUUGAGAUGAACAAGUUGGAGUUCCAUGCCAGUAAUAAACUGUGGUAUUAUAUUUGCCAAGAACUAACAGUUACCCAGACUGUUUACAUUGCUUAACAAAAUUAAUAUUUCAAGAUGGAAGUUUCUUGAUUGAGACAAAUCUAAUGUCAUCAUGAAAAUGUGAAAUAUUUCUAAAUGAAUUAUGAAUAAAACCAGUAGCAUAACUUGACUAAUCCCUGUCUCCAAUGUUCGUUGGGGUGGAAAGCUAUGAUUUUUGACUUGUAAUCGUUUACAUAAAACAAAAUCCAUGUUAAAUCACUGUUUUCAGCAACUGAGAUCAAAGUUAAUGUGAGGCAGUCAGAUUCUCCAUUGCCUCAAAAAAAACAAACUUCAGAGAAGGGAGCCUAGACAACGGUGCUUAUUCUAAAUGCAAGUAUGUAGUGUACUAAUCGAUACUGAUUUAAAAGUUUUGGCCGUAAGAAUGGCUGGAGUGUGAAGUGGAAAUAUUGAUCGGUAUAAUUCUGGUCUGAAGUGACGAAAGUCCAUCUGCAUAUCAGGAUUGAAGAGCUGAGCCUUGUAUCGUAUGAUUUGUAAAAUGGAAUAAUUUUGACAUGGUACAAAAGGAAUGAAAAUUUGUUUCUGGAAGAUUUUCAUAAUUUUAAUUAUCAGUAAGGUUCAUGUUGCCUUCCCCACACAUGCAUUCUGGUUUUUUGUACCUUUUCUUGUCACUGUGGCUCUCACCUUCAGGAGGAAAGCUGCUGAUGAACUCUGCUUUGCUUUGACUUCUCUUGACCUCUCCAUGCGUGAGCCAUUACUAUCUUGCCAAAACUAGGUAUGUUUUGGCAACUUGAAUUGUGUAGAAUUAUAAACCAUUUUCAUUAACACUUGUCAACCUGGGUUUGAUUGUAUUUCAGCAGAUGAAAUAAAUCCAUUGGAGCUUAUAAUCCCAUUGAUAAACUUCUAAACAUUUACUCCUUUGUCACGAAGAAAAUCUUCUGAAAUCUGUACUUUUAACUUAAAGACAACAGCUUUUCAACCUGUUUUAGUUGAAAUGAAAUUUUUGCCCCCUCUGCCUCCAAAAAAAAUUAGGGUAAUCCAACAUUUUGACAGAAAAUGUUCAUCUUGUGUACUGUUUCUCAAAGCACUGUCAGGCGUGCUUUCUUCUUACUUUUCUGCCACAUGUACUUCUAACCAAGUGCCUAACUAAAAGCUGUUGAAAUGAAAUAAAAUAAAGCAUUAUGUUACUUGCUCAGUCCACUAGCCACGUCAAUCUCCUGUUCAUUUGGGUACCUUGGUCUAAGUUUUCAGUAUUUGAACAGAAAUUAAGCCUCCUUCUCAGGAUACUUUACCAACACACAGUUGUGAUGACUUUCAUUAUUGGUUGGCUUGUUUAGUUUGUGUGCCAGGCAUUGGGGAUCUGUAAACAAGGAAGAGUUGGAGCAUUAAUAUUUUUAAAUCUAAAAUAUUUAACUCAGUGCUCUUAAAUGGUUUGUGCUGGUCAGAAUUUAGUCUUGACAAGUUUGUGGGAAUAACAAAAAUUGCUUGGAGCACAUUCCAGAAACAUUUUAGCUUCUAAAACAAGUUUAGAACAGAUAAUUAUACUGUAAUGUCCAGUAAGCAGUGAAUCAAUUGGAUAACUUCAAAUUUUUCUGCUGAGGAAAUAUUGUGUGUUGAGCUGUAGUACAUGACAUCUCUUAUUUGGAAAGCCAACUGGCAAAAUAAUAUUUUAAGGGAAAGUUUAUGAUGGAUUUAUUUUGGUAAGUCUCUCAGGCUGCGCAUGCCUAACUUGAUCUUUCCAGAUCAUGUAUUUAAAUUUAUAAUACACUGGUUUAAAUUAAAUGCUUGCAGUUUGCAUUGGCAAAAUCAGGAAUGCUAAAUUUGAGACAGGCCAUCAUUUGAAAAUUGUGGGGAAUGUAUUUCAUAGGAAAUUUUAUUUAAAAGCUGUAAGUUUGAAUCAUGGGAUGCCUCAUUUAUGAUGUGAAUUUUUCCUUUUUUUGCUAAUUAAAAAAGCAACUUGAGCAAAAAAAAUUGACUUUUUUUCCUCAACCAUGGUAACCUCUGAAAGGAGCAUUUGCACAUUAUAUUAUGGUAACAUGUUAAUGAGGUUGUUAAAGUCAUUGUGCUUUUUCCAAAUCCUUUGAUUCAUCCCAUUGCCUAAUUUAUUAACAAUGAUAUUUCAUGAUCUUGCAAAACCUAUUAGAAUUUUAGGGGCUAUUCAUUGUAUGCAUUAAAUCUGUAUUACCCUUGUGAUAUACACACAGAACACUUCAGUUGAUGCUGAUGAAUUAUUAAUUGAUAAAACUAUACAACUCGUUAUAACUACUUUGCAUGAGUUGUUCAUUAUUUUCUUACCUGCAUCUCAAUGCACAAUGAUUUGUAUUUUUUUCAACAAAGCAUGUUUAGUUAGUUUUACAAUGCCAUAAUUGCAUGUGUGCAAUGGACUAUAAAUACUGAAUUCAAUAAAUUUUUUUUAAAUUUUAA